CGUGGAAAUCGGUGAAAGCGUCCGCGGAGAGGAUGUCUACAUCGUCCAGAGUGGCUGUGGUGAAAUCAAUGACAACCUGAUGGAGCUCCUUAUCAUGAUCAAUGCCUGCAAGAUUGCCUCUGCAAGCCGAGUAACAGCAGUCAUCCCUUGCUUUCCUUAUGCCCGCCAGGACAAAAAGGACAAAAGUCGGGCUCCAAUCUCUGCCAAGCUUGUGGCGAAUAUGCUGUCCGUAGCAGGAGCUGAUCAUAUCAUCACCAUGGACCUCCAUGCUUCCCAGAUUCAGGGGUUCUUUGAUAUCCCAGUGGAUAACUUGUAUGCAGAGCCAGCUGUCCUGAAGUGGAUCCGGGAGAACAUUACCGACUGGAAGACCUGCUGCAUUGUGUCCCCUGAUGCUGGGGGAGCUAAGAGGUAG